ACCACCUCGGCUGACUCCUCCUCCUUCUUCCGGUCUCGGGAUCAACAUGGCGGCGUCCAUGGCUCGAGUGUGCCGCUAUGUUUUACGACACAAGUCUUGUGUUCCGCUAACGACAAGCUUCCCACUGAAAUGCAAAUUUCACUGUUCUAUCUCUGCGCGUACGGGGCUGAUCCAGGGUCUUUACAAACGCGGAAUUGUCAAGGAGUCUUUCCCAGAUGACGCGGCGCACGAACGACUCCCUGCCUUGCUGCAGUCCGGUGCUCAGACCGUGUAUUGCGGCUUCGACCCCACGGCCGACAGCCUCCACGUCGGCAACCUUCUCGCCCUUAUCGGCCUGCUGCACUUCCGAAGCGCGGGCCACCACGUGCUCGUCGUACUCGGCGGGGCCACGGCGCAGAUCGGCGACCCGAGUGGGAAAACGAGCGAACGGGAGCAACUGUGCGCGGACGUCGUGGAGGCGAACACCCGCCGCAUCCGCGAGAGCAUCUACAGAAUCUUCACCAACCACGAGUUGAACUUCCACGACGGCUCCAAGACGCCGGGAACCGUGACUGUGCUGAACAACCUGAGCUGGUAUAAAGACUGGAACGUGGUGAAAUUCUUGUCGGAAGCCGGGAGACACUUACGCAUGGGCACCAUGCUGAGCCGCCACAGCGUCCAGUCCAGGCUGCGGAGCUCGGAGGGAAUGAGCCUGACCGAGUUCACGUACCAGGCGUUCCAGGCCUACGACUUCCACCACCUGAACCAAAUAUACGGCUGCAAGAUCCAGCUAGGGGGCACCGACCAGCUGGGCAACCUCAUGUCCGGCCACGACUUCAUUCACAAGGUGAGCAGUGAGGAGGUGUACGGCCUCACCCUUCCACUGGUCACCAGCUCGACGGGGGACAAGCUGGGCAAGACGGCGGGGAACGCCGUGUGGCUCGACCGCGACAGGACGUCUCCCUUCGAGCUCUACCAGUUUUUCCUCCGGCAGCCUGACGCCAGCGUGGAAGGGUACCUAAAUCUGUUCACCUUCCUGCCUCUGGCUGAAGUAGAGCGCCUGAUGGAGCAGCAGAGAGUGGAUCCUGGUAAACGGCUGGCACAUAAACGACUGGCAGCGGAGGUGACAAAGCUGGUACAUGGGAAGGAGGGCCUCGGGAGUGCCAAGAGAUGCACCAACACUCUGUACCACAGCAGCGUGCAGGCGCUGGAAGAGAUGAGCGACUUGGAGCUGCAGGAGCUCUUCCGAGAGGCUCCCUUCCACGAACUGUUGCUGGAGCCGGGGACCACCGUCAUCGACGCGUGCCGGUUGGUCAAAGCCAUUCCAGAGGGUCCUAAAGGGUAUCGGAUGGUUUCGGAGGGAGCGGUGUGGCUCAACCACAAGCGGACGGACAAACCCGAGCAGGUACUGAUCCCCAACCUCCACAUUCUGGCCAAUGGACUCACGCUGGUCCGAGUGGGCAAGAAGAACUUCCAUAUUAUCAAAUGGCUCAGUCUCUGAAAGGUCUGUGUGGAAGUGACUUUGAUUUUGCUUUGCAUAUAAAUAUUGCACAGACAUAAUGUAUAUCCUAAACUAUGAUUAUUAAAAUGAUUUAAUUUAAACGUUGCCUCUCGCCUGCUCACUUUUAAACUGCCGCUAAACGAACAGCAGGGGGAGACGCUGUCCUAAGCAUCAAAUGGUGGUGGAACUAAGCAGGCUCCCGCAGGUAGAUGAACUCACACAGAAUCAAAUGGCACCAUGUUUUAGGGCUAACAGCCUUCACUAUUAAAACAUUAUUAUUAUUAUGAUUUUAUUCCUUGAAAUGUAUGUGGCCAACAUUAAUGCAACCAUGACUGUAUUACAAAAUCCCAAAUCGUAUAGUGCCUUCACUUAAGGAUAUCAUUUUUUUUUUUACUCUUAGGGACUUAAGAUAGUAUUAUUUUUUAUUCUUUAGGUGAGUGGUGUCAAUCUUUUACUUUUGAAUUUUUUUCCCCUGUUAUUUUUAUUGUUGUUUUAUUUUAUUGUUGUUUGCUAUCUGAGACAAAUGGUUUCUUCCUGAAGAAGUAUCAAGAAAAUGUCAGAGAGCAGUGAUACUCAUUUCGCACGUAAUCAUUUUGAACUGUUUUCCAACAUUUACUUAGGUACAUUUUAUUAUUUAACUUAUAUGCAAUACAUUUUAAUUGAAUCAUUCGUUAAGUACAGUUUAUUUUCUUAUAGUUAAGCACAGCAUUGAUGUUUGAACUAUGCAUAAUGUUACAGUGGCUUACAAUAAUAUACUUUUAAGGAAUAAAACUACUACACUAGUGCAUUUUAAUGUUGGUUACGAUGAUGGUAGGUACCUGGAGUGCUAAAUAUUUUUCAAGAACCACUGUUAUAGAAAACAGUGAAAUGUGAAAGUAUUGGUACCAAGGAGGGCCAACAUCCUGGACAUUAAGCCUGUGUAUUUUUCAGACUUUUUAAAGGUGGAUUAAAUAAAAAAACAACACUAGUUACUGUAGGUUUAUAUAUAUUUUUUUUAUUUUUUUUCAUUAUUAUUUUUUUCCCGAAUCUGCCACUGGGGAGUUUGUAGAGUGUCCUGUCCACGCCAAUCGUAAUGAAAGUUUGCAGGUCUUUGCGACGUCACAUGUAAACGACAGUACAUGCAGUUCUCUUGAAAAUGGGCGCACGUAACAUGGAGCAAAACAAACAAGGUGGCCGCUUGGUCCCGCCCUCUCAUCUUUCGUGGGCCACUUUCAAACAAGUGGGCGGGCUCAAAAGGCUUUUGGACCAACCAGCGUUCGCCUUUAGGUUUAAACAGCCCCUGCGUGUCAAUCAUGUUUGUUGUGCCCGCCCCCUCUCUCCCUCCCUGGCGUCAAGCUCGCUAACCAAGUCGGUCUACCUCAUCGCCAUAUUGGCUUCGGGGAAGCUCCUGUGUGCAGUUUCUCUGUUUUGUUUUUUUUUCCAGCGGAUUUAAAGUGACAAGAAGCGGCUGCGAGUUGGCGGAGGCGACGCAGAGCUAUCGCGGUUAUCGGUUGAAUGGCGUGAACGGCUUUUUUUUUUUUCUCCCUUUUCC